AAUUGUCAACAGACAGUCGUGAGAAAAGUUAAAUGUGUAUGUCAAAUGCACAAAUAUAAUAAAGUUUAAUUGACAUUAAUUUAAUAAUUCCAUACUUUAUUAAUUACAAAUAAUUAUUUGACAUUUGUUUAAAUAAAAAUAAAAUAAUUAAUCAAAUAAUCAAUCUUUUGAAUAAUUUACAUGUCAACGUAACCUAUCGAGCUUCAAUAAUAUCGUGUCAUUUUAAUAAAUAAUAACAAUAAUGGAUAAAGAUAAAGACAGCAUACCGUCAAAUGAAGCGAUUAUUGAUGAAUUGACCAAAGAUUUAGAAACUUCAUGCAUCAGAGCUGAAGAAAAUGAUAAAAGUAAUCAAGGAGCUGGUCUUGAUAACACGGAGUCAAAUCUUGGUUCAAAGGAUCACGAUUCUGACUCUGAAGACAAGUGCGGCGCAAAACCUCCGGAAAAAGAUUUCGUUGACGAGGAAAGAUUGAAGGAUCGUGAGAUUGAUUUAACAGAUGAAGAGAAAGAGAACUUGAAAGCUGAAGCUGAAGCUUUGAAAAAUGAAGGCAAUAAUUUAUUUAAGUCAUCUAAUUAUAAUGAUGCCAUGGUAAAAUACACACAAGCUCUUCAAACUUGUCCACUAGCUUAUCCAGAGGAUCGUGCUAUUCUGUAUGCUAAUAGAGCAGCAGCAAAAGCAAAAGAUGAUGACAAAGAAUCAGCCAUAAAAGACUGCAGCAAAGCUAUUGAGCUGAAUCCUUCUUAUCUCAAAGCUUAUUUGAGACGUGCACAGUUGUAUGAACAAACAGACAAUCUAGAUCAAUCACUAGCUGAUUACAAAAAAAUAAUAGAACUUGAUCCCGGGAACUCCGAAGCACAACAUGCAGUUCGAAGAUUACCUCCGUUGAUUGAAGAAAAGAACGAAAAAUUAAAAGAAGAAAUGCUUGGUAAGCUCAAGGACCUCGGGAACAUGAUUUUGAAACCUUUUGGAUUAUCAACAAAUAAUUUUCAAUUAGACAAAGAUCCAUCAACCGGUGGUUAUUCCGUUAAAUUCAAUCAGGGUAACAGUUAGUUUAUGUCUGAGAUAAUAAUUAAAUUUAUAUAAUUAUUGAUAAUAAUUUAAUUUAUAAAUAAUAAUAAUAUGUAUUAUGUAAAAUUAUUACGUUGAUAUAAAUUUUUUUCUUCAAGGUA